AUGAAGGCCGUACUCAAUCUCCAAGUCAACCACACAAUUCUCAUACUCUGCAAGAUUGGUCUGGGCUAUUCGGCCUCGGUUCACGCAUUCGAUACCUGGCAGCAUCUCGGAGCUAAUUCCCCAUGGUUUGCAGGGCCUAAUGUCAACAAGAUCUCGCCUGAUGUGCCGGAUAAAUGCACAGUUGACCAAGCUGUCUAUGUUUCCCGUCAUGGCAGUAGAUACCCCGACCCCGGUGCCUAUGCGGAAUGGCAGGCACUGCACGAUGCUAUUCAAUCGGCGAAAUUCCGGGCCUCUGGCUCCCUGAGCUUCUUAUCCGACUGGGAGCCAGUACUGAGGUAUCCUGACCAGCAGAUAAGUCAACUGUCUAUCGCUGGGUACAAGGAGCUGUAUAACUUUGGGGUCGAUCUUCGAUUCCGGUAUCCUUCAUUCUACGAGGACAAUACUCCUUUCCUGCUGUGGGCCAACGACUAUCAGCGGACGAUCGAUUCUGCUAGGCUCUUCGCCCGUGGCUACCUGGGCUCGAACUCCUCCUACGGGGAUAUCCAUGUCAUCACUGCUGGUGCUGAGACUGCAACUGGCAACUCCCUGGCCACAUCCGACAUGUGCCCUACCUUCAAGGACGUCAGCGGUGGCAGCUACGCUUCCACAUGGGAUGACACUUAUCUUCCCGCAAUCACGAAGAGACUGAACCGGAAGAUCUCCGGUAACCUCACGCUCACGGACGCACAGGUUUCAACCUUUCCGUACCUCUGUGGCUUCGAGACCCAGAUCACCGGCAGCACCAGUCCGUGGUGUGAUGUCUUUACUGAAAAGGAGAUCCUGCAGUAUGAGUAUCGCCAGGACCUCCGCUACUACUACGGAACAGGCCCCGGCGCGGGAAACAACAUGACCGUCAUGCUCCCCGUCCUGCAAGGCAUCGUCAACCUCCUCGAGGACGGCCCAGCCGCUACCGCAAACACCAGCACUGGAGCCAACAAGCUCCCUCCGCUCAUCGUGGCUUUCACGCACGACAACCAGAUCAACGAGCUCGCUUCGCUGCUAGGCGUAUUCGACGAGCAGAAGCCGCUCCCCGCAGACAAGAUGGACAAGAACAGAAUCUACGUGAGCAGCCGCGUGAACCCCAUGCGCGGGACCAUUGCCUUCGAGCGCCUCCGCUGCACUUCCCAGGGCAAGGACACAGUCAACGUCCGGAUCCGCCUCAACGAUGCCGUCUACCCUGUCCCGUCCUGCCGGUCUGGACCUGGCAAGAGCUGUCCGCUCGACCAGUAUGCAGAGUUAGUGGUUAAGAAGCGGAAGCAGUAUGGCUCCUUUGCAUCGGUUUGUGGCCUGCCGGAUGGGAAUGUGACCACGGCCGGUGUGGAUGGUGCGGUCACGUUCUUUAGGGAUUUGACGCUUCCCUUUAUGAGGGUUGUCAAGCCUUGA